UCACGGUCACCCACACAGCCAUAUGCGAAUACGACACACAACCAGCAGCACCAGCGAGCCCAAUGGAGCACGCGCAGGACGAGCUGAGCCUCGAACUCACCCUGGCCGCCGCGGUCGUGGCGCCGGUGCCCGACUUCUUCCUAUGCGUCUACUGCCACCGCAAGUUCCGCACCUCGCAGGCGCUCGGCGGCCACCAAAACGCGCACAAGGAAGAGCGUGCCGCUAAACGCCGCCGGGACACUGCAGCCCCCACUGCGCACACUUGGAAGCCAGGGAGGUCUGUGGCCGCUCUAUGGGUGUCCGAGGAGCCAGCAGCAGAAGGUGGCAUGGCGCACAAGCGCAGCAUGAGCUCGUCGGAGCGCGACCAUGAGCUUGACUUGUCCCUCCGGGUAUAAUCGGUCCUCCGAUCCAUAGAUCUCUGGAAGUAUCCUUGCUCCGCACCUCUCUAUUUCUGGUGCUAGGUAUGUGAGUGUUUAGCUACUACUCCCUCCGAUUCAAAAUACGUGUCGUAGUUUUGAACUAAGAUUAGUUCAACCUCAGUUCAAAAUUGUGACAAUUAUGGAUCCGAGGGAAUACUUGUCUCAAGCUCCUGUUGUGCAUACAGUGGAUUCAUUGGCACUUCUAUUUUGUUGGAAUGUUUUCCAAGGUACUGGAUUCCUAGAGACCUUCUUGAUAUUUGGGUUGACACAAAAAGUUCCCAUUUCACCAGAUUGUAAUGACCUUGGUAUUUGAUUCUUUGCAAGAAAAAUCUGGAUCUAUGUAAGUCUAAUUGUUCAAGUCAAGAUAUUUAAAGGACCCUGUGAAAAUAGGGACGUUAUCCAACACG